AGCGUGUACUGCUCUCUCUGCCUCUCUCUCUCUCUCUCUCUCUCUCUCUGCCUCUCUACCUCUGCCACUCUCUCUCCCUCUCUUUUACUCUCUCUCAGUCAAAGAGGGGAUUCUCCGUAACCGGCUGUACCUUGGUGUGAUCCUUACCUCUGACCAUCAUUUCAUUGAUAUUCUCUUUUUUUUCUUCAGUAUUUUCUCUCCAGUGUUUGGAUGCAACCAAGGUGCACAUAAGGUGGAGGGAAUAGAAGGGAACUUUUAAAGCUGCCAUCAGUGAUCCUUUCUCUUAUUGGCAUAUUUGUAUAGUAUAGUAUAGUUGAGACACCAGACAGCAGUGGAAGUUUUUUUUUUCCAUGUAGUAGUGGAUGACUCAUUUUUGUUUUUUCCUCAUACAAGACUGCUGGAUAUAUUUCUUCCCUUUGUUCCGCAAACCGGCUUCACCUCAUAGACACUUAAAUCUGUGGGGUCUUUAAUGGAGUGUGAAAUUUGUGCAGCCAGUGCGAAGUUUGGUGGAGAAAACUGAGACAGAGCAUGGCUGAUGGAACCGCAGCUGAGUGUUGAACCCUCCUGCCCAGGAAGGCGGUCCAGACAUGACAACAGUGUCCAUGGAGCCCGUAGGAGUCCUGGUGGAGAGGGAAGCCAACACCACCGAAACUCCUCUGAACUCCCAUGAGGACACGGCCGCCACCUUCACCAUUGGCACCAUCCUUUCCAUCAUGUGUCUCAUUGGAGUCUCGGGGAACAUCUACACCCUGGUGGUGAUGUGCCACUCCAUGAGGACUGCCGCCUCGAUGUACAUCUACAUCAUAAACCUGGCCUUGGCGGAUCUGCUAUACCUUCUCACCAUCCCCUUCAUAGUCUGCACACACUUCCUGAAGGGAUGGUACUUUGGGGACGUGGGGUGUCGAAUUCUGAUCAGCAUGGACUUCCUGACCAUGCACGCCAGCAUCUUCACGCUAACGAUCAUGAGCACGGAGCGCUACUUCGCCGUGCUCAAACCGCUCGACACAGUCAAGAGGUCAAAAAGUUACCGGAAGGCAAUCGCUUUGCUGGUGUGGGCAGCUUCUCUGGUCCUCACUCUACCAAUGAUCAUUGGCAUUCAGCUAAUGACAGUGGGCGACAAGAUUAUGUGCCAACCCACCUUUUCACAGCUCUCCUACCAGGUUUACAUCUCCUUCCUGUUUUGCACUAGCAUUGUUGCUCCAGGACUGAUCAUUGGCUAUCUCUACAUCCAGCUUGCGCGUACUUACUGGAUUUCACAGACGGAGACCUUCAAACAGACCAAGAAACUCCCCAAUCAAAAGGUUCUCUACCUGAUCUUCACCAUCGUGCUCCUCUUCUGGGCAUGCUUCCUGCCAUUCUGGAUCUGGCAGCUUUUGGAUCAGUUCUACCCCUCGAUGUCCCUCUCCACCAAGGCCAAGCGCAACAUCAACUACCUGACCACGUGCCUGACAUACUCCAACAGCUGCAUCAACCCCUUCCUCUACACGCUGCUCACCAAGAACUACAAGGAGUACCUGAGGAAGCACAAGCGGUCGUGGACGGCCGGCAACUACUUCAACCGGCGGAGUCGUUUCCAGCGCUCCCCUCGCAGAUCGCCGUCCGCCAGCAGCCAGCAGUGCACCGAGAGUUUCAUGCUCACGCACACGGCCUCGCUGAAAGCUCAUAACAGCAGUUUGUGAGAUAUGACUGUGCUGACGAAAAGGAAGAAAGGACAGGAAGAGCCCGUGGAGACGCGAAGCAGUAGCGGACCCUGAGGUUCCUCAUCAACACAACGGCAAUAGCGGAUGGGGAAGACCGAAGAUUUGUUUUGUAUUUUCUUUUCAAAUGUGUGGGAACAAUAGCGUUGUAGUAACACCAGAUGGAACUGAUAAGAGGCCGGCUGCUGCUGCUGUUUGAGACUGAACUUAAAAGAGACACCCCCCACGUCUGAACCCCCCUCCCCAGAACUUAAUGCCGCGUGGAGAGAGAAAUCAACGUCUUAUGUAACAAAUUAUAAGGGUUUUCUCAUAUGUUUACCCUCUGCCCUCCUUAUGUUGCACUGGGUCAGCCUGCAUGGGAAAGCGUCUUUUGCGUCUUCUUGUUGAGAGGAAAUGUGUUCACAGCAUGGGGUGUAAUGAUGAUGCGCAAGUGAGGGAAAAGCAGCAUUAUGGAGGCACAAGUGGUUUGGUUUACAGGGAGAAAAAAAAGAAAAGGGAAACAAUAUAGUUGUCGUAGUCGUAGCUGCAGUGAAAAGAAUGCAUGGCGGUUUCAGCUGUAGCAAGGGGCAAUAGCUGUAUUUGCUUUCUUGGUGAGAAUUAAAUGCCAAGAUAAAUGCCACUCAUAUUUUAUGUCACACAUACGUAAAGCUACAUUAUGCAGCCGCAGCAAUAUUUCUGCUUUAUUUUACAAAAUCCACAGUGUAGACAAUGCCACAUUUUCAAUGUUGGCGGUUGGAUGUUAUAUUUUUUGUUUCCAGUCUUUGCACUAAGCUAAGCUAAGCUAAGCUAAGCAGAUUCCAGUGACAGCAUCAUAUUUACAGUAUAUAAUGACAGUGGCAUCCGCCUGUUCAUCGAGCUCUCUAUGAGAAACAACCGAUUGGUAUCGGAAGAUAAAUAUUGGGAUUUUCAUAACAGCUGGAUUGGUUCAGGAACGGGCUUCAGCCAAAAAAUGGUUCUUUUGUAUUUGUUUAUUUAUUUUAGGUCUGCCAUAAACCACAACCGCGUCCCUGUUGCGUCAAAAUGGAUUCGUCGUCCGUGUUAAUGGUGAUUGGCGAGCACCAAUACUGCCAAAAAGUAAAUAAGUAAAAUGAAGACGAUGACCUCCAGUAGACGAGGAUCUAGAAGACCGCAAGCGAGGCAAGAAACGCCUUUCUGAAACUCCAGGGGGAGGAAAUCUCGUUUGUCUUAAAUAAACGAUUAUAAAUAAACUUGACGGGGACAUCCCUAGUUCAAGCUGUUCCUUUAUCGACGAGGCAAUGUACAAAUAGGCAGUAGCACAGUUUUGAUAAAAAAAAUGAGGGUCACUCCUUCCCUGAAUAGUACACCUCCAUCUUUCCAGUGAGAAAACACAUUUGACCUUUGGCCUCAAACAAUACCACCUGUUAACUUUACAUAGAUUCAGUACUCCAACUGCAUUUUCUUGGAUCAUUAUCUGAAACCACAAAUACAGACUUCGCAUAUAUUUUUUUUAUGUGGUGAUGUUCUCUAUCGAAACACCCAUUAAAGCUGGCAUAGUCUGUGUUUUCCUUACUUUGAGCAUAUUCCAUGAAAAGACCAAAAUAUUAUCUGCGUAGGCAAAGUCAAUACAAUACCCUCAUUAUACGAUAAUCUGACUCCUCUGUACCACGGAGGAUCCAGAACCUAAUAAAAAUCCAUCAGCAAAGCCCUAUUGUUGCACUGGGCCACUUUCUUCACCACGAACACAAUGUAGUUUUAUUUUGACACAGGCCCAUACACACACGUGUUGUAAAUUCCCAGUGGUGCAUUGAUUAGAAUAUGACUCGAUAAAUUAGCUGUUUAUUCCUGUAUGAAUCUACUGUAUCAAACUGCUUUGUGACUAUUUUGCCCUUUUUUCAAAAUGAAUUCAUAUAUCCUGGAGUCAUUUUUUGUUGACAGGAUAAAGACAUUGUCAAGGUUCUUAGUCCAGGAUGUAAAGACUUACAGGGGCUUUGGUCUGUCAAAGAAAAUAUGGAGUAAGCCCUAAAACACUAACCAAAAAUACAUGGUUGAGAAAAAGAAAUGACUUCUCCGUAUAGAUGCUGUUGCCAAUGUAUUACUUCUGUUUACAGACAUUUGAAUUCCUUCGCAUGUCAAUACUGCUUUUUAAUGCUACUGUGUCAGGCUGUCAGAUUCCACAAUUUCCCAAAUGUACACUGAAAAAGCCGAAAGUGCUUUUUAUAUGUGUGUCCUCUCAGGUCCGUGGGGCUCCUCUGAGGACUCUUUUAUCAGGCUGGUUUGAUCAACCCCUACUUCGAUUCUCAUAAAACAAAGGAUACAAAGGGAGCCGGCGGGGUUGCAGGUAGAAAUCAGACUGUUACAUCUCUACUGAUUGAACUCCCAGUGCAACAGGAGACGAGCUGCGACCCAUAUGCCUGGCUGCUGCAUAUUUAACCAAUGCAGCCUCUGUAGUAAUCUCGGUCUCUGGAUUUGGAAGGAUUUGUACACAGGAGCUUAAAAAUUGGAAGAACUUUACACAGAUAUCACAAUGGGAUCUGAGGAUGUUAAAUAGCCCUUUGCAGAUGUAGUGAAUAGACACAACAGAAAUCAAUACUGGAACAGAUUUCUUCCCCAGAGACUGAGAAAAAAUGCAAGAAAAGGAAAAUAUAAUAUUAGUUAUAAUAGUACAGUAGUACAGACACCAUUCCUGUAUUUCAAUCUGAACUGAAGUUGGUGUUUAGGUUUAGUCUGAAGCAAGGUUCACAUUAUUAUUCAUGGCAAGGCCAGAAGACUGUUUAAAUUUGGACUGUAAUCAUAAACCAAUCCUAAUUUCCUGCCACCGCCACAAUGAAUGGACAAUCUGGCCCACUGGAACGUAGAAAAGCCACAGCAGGACAAAUUCCAUACAUUCUUAUUAAUUCAGCCUCUCGGACAUCGAAGCAAACAUCCCGCUUAAAUAUAUAAUAUGUGAUAUAAUAUAUGAAGUGCCACUCCACCGGUUUCGCAGAUCAACAUCAGUUGACUUGUUGUGGCCAGAACUGCUCGGCCUGUGAUAACGGUUAUAUAAUGUAUUCUGAAAGUUUGGAGAAAAAAAAAAGCUCGAGAUUUCAUCUGUACUCGCGCCCAGUACUUCACAAUGCUUGGUAGAUUGCAAAGAAGAGGCAUGAAGUGUAAAGGAGUCUGCAUUUACGGACUAGGGACAAACAAAUGGGAACUGGAGGAGCACGUUUUCAAUCUCUGGAUGGAAAUCUGGGCUCUGCUGCUACACAGACUUUCAAUUUUGUUUAUCCAAGCUUAUGCAGGUUUGUGGUAGUACAAUAGGUUGUAGUAGAUCCCAUUUAAUUUCCAUGGAUGACUGAAUUACCCACUUCAGUGCAGUACAUAAAUGUCUAAAAGGGACCAAUAUUAAUUGUAGUAUUCUAGUCAAUCACCUCAGGCAGUAAAAUAACUAGUCAAUAAUUAUAAAGUGCGACCAAAUACACAAGAUUGCAAAACAAUGCUGUGAGGCUACAGUUAUCUCAGCCAUUCUGAAAUAAUUCAGCCUCAAACCAAGGCUUUUAAAAGCAGACUACAAUUAUCCUUUUUUGACCAGCAGACAUGGAACAACACUUUUCCACUUAUCCUGAGAAAUACCAGUCAAUCAAACAUUUUCUCAAUAUAUGGUGUGAAUCAAAAGACACAUGGUCUUUGGCUUUAGCAGAGAAUCGAUGGCUUGAAGUGUUGUUGAACAGGUAGCAUUGUCAGAGAAAUUCCUUCCUGCUCAUUAGUUGUGCAGCCAGACAUAGUGUGAAUCAAAUUUAAAUGUGUUAAUAGAGAGACCCAAUUAGAUUCACCUUGGAUGGCAGGACCUGGUACAAAAACAAAUAUGUUAGGUGAUGAGAUGAAUCCCAGGUUGAUGACUGAUGUGAAUGUCUCGGUUUCUUUAAUAUGGGAUGACCGACAAAGGAGCCAAAAGUAGCCAAACAUUGCGUAGUUCUAUGAAGUUGGCAGCCGAUUCUUAGUGGGUUCAACAUUACAACACUUACCUUCUAUAGCUAUAAAUUGUAGCCUCAUUCUUCUAUUCUCAUCUGUGGUUAAAUGAACUCAUGUGAAUCCAGUCCCAUUCUAGCCAGAAAAAUAAAGUGAUUCUUCAAGAGUCCUAUCGAAUCAAACUUGGGAUACAUGAAUUACAGGUUGUAGGAGCGACUUUUCCGUGCAUGUUAAUGUAGCCACUUGCAUUCAUCUUGUAACGCGGCUAUCCUUUAGCACACCAUGUAAACUUCCACUUGUUUAAUUGGUUUGUGUUUUGGUAAAAUGAUUGAUCACACACAGUCCAGUCGGGGGUUUGUCCUUGGCUGUUGUACAUAUAUUUAAUUGCAUUUCUCUCUGUGGGUGACAUGGCACCUGGAGCUACAUUACUGUGCAAACUGAUCGCGUCUAAUCCUCUGUAAACUGAAGGCAAUGAGUGAUGUAAAUUAUGUGCACUUUUAUUAAAGAAGCUGUCUGAC